CAUGUGAUCAAACUUUGAGGAGUGCAAUACCUCUUUGCAAAGAGACACAAAACCAUGGACCCACCAGUCAGCCGCCGCCCACACUUCAAAAGUUAAAACCCCACUCCCUUCUUGACAGCGGUUAAGCUCCCCACCCCCACCACUCCCACCACUCCACUCCACUCCACCCACGCCUCCCCCAUGACUCACCUGCUCCUGCUCCGCCUCCUCUGCCUCCUCCCCCUCGCCGCCGCUGCCGACUUCUCCGCCCUGCUCGCCGCCAAGUCCGCCCUCUCCGACCCCGCCUCCGCCCUUGCAUCCUGGAACCUUCACCACUCCCCGUCCCCCUGCCGCUGGCCGCACCUCCUCUGUUCCAACCCCGGACAACACUCCUCUGCUCCGGCCGUCGGCUCCCUCUUCCUCUCCAACCUCUCCCUCGCCGGCACAUUCCCUUCCCCGCUCUGCUCGCUGCGGUCUCUCUCCUUCCUCGACCUCUCCUACAACUCCCUCGCGGGGCCCCUGCCCGGCUGCCUUGCCGCGCUGCCGUCGCUCAGGCACCUCGACCUCGCUGGCAAUGCUUUCUCCGGCGAGGUGCCAAGGACAUACGGCUCCGGGUUCCCUUCCCUAGACACGCUCAGCCUCGCGGGAAAUGAGCUCGCUGGCGAGUUCCCGGGGUUCUUGCUGGCCAACGCCACGGCGCCGCUCAAGGAGCUCCUUCUCGCGUACAACCCCUUCGCGCCGUCACCGCUGCCGGAUGUUGCCGGCUCCGUCUCUGGUCUCACGGGGCUGCACGUUCUGUGGCUCGCCGGUUGCGGCCUUGUCGGGGAGAUCCCACCGUCGUUGAUCGGGAGCCUGACGAGCCUCGUCAAUCUCGACCUCUCCACGAACAACCUCACCGGAGAGAUCCCGGCGAGCGUCGGGAGACUAGAGAACGUCGUGCAGAUUGAGCUCUACUCGAACAAGCUCACUGGGAGGGUGCCCAAAGGGCUGGGGGCGCUCAAGCGGCUGCGGUUCUUCGACGCUUCCAUGAACCGGCUCUCCGGCGAGAUACCGGCAGACCUGUUCCUUGCGCCGAGGCUGGAGAGCGUGCACCUGUACCAGAACGAGCUGUCCGGCCGUGUGCCUGAGACGGUGGCGCAGGCGCCUGCGUUGGCCGACCUGAGGCUGUUCACCAACCGCCUUGUCGGGGAGUUGCCUUCGGAGUUCGGGAAGAACUGCCCUCUUGAGUUUCUGGACUUGUCAGACAACCGGCUCUAUGGCCGGAUUCCGGCGGUACUGUGCAGAGCCGGGAAGUUGGAGCAGCUCCUGAUACUUAACAACGAGCUGGUCGGCCCCAUUCCGGUGGAGCUCGGGCAAUGUCGGACGCUGACGCGGGUGCGGCUGCCGAACAACGGGCUGUCCGGUGCUGUGCCUCCGGCCAUGUGGGGCCUGCCGCACCUGUACCUUCUUGAGCUCGCCGGGAACGCGCUGUCCGGCACUGUGAGUCCGAUCAUCUCCAUGGCAAAGAACCUGUCGCAGCUGAUCAUAUCCAACAACCGCUUCACUGGCGAGCUGCCGGCGCAACUCGGCAGCCUGCCGAGACUGUUCGAGCUGUCGGCCGCGAACAACGGGUUCUCCGGGCCGCUGCCGGCGUCGCUCUCCGAGGUUUCCACGCUUGGUCAGCUUGAUUUGAGGAAUAACUCGCUCUCUGGCGAGCUGCCACAAGGUCUUCGACGGUGGCAGAAGCUGACACAGCUGGACCUUGCCGAUAACCACCUCACGGGAACCAUCCCGCCGGAGCUCGGCGAGCUCCCUGUGCUGAAUUCCCUUGACCUGUCGAACAACGAGCUCACCGGCGAUGUGCCAGUGCAAUUGGAGAACCUCAAACUGAGCCUGUUUAACCUGUCCAACAACCGGCUCACCGGCGCUUUGCCUCCUCUGUUCUCCGGUGCCAUGUACGAGGGCAGCUUCUUGGGCAACCCGGAUCUGUGCCGCGGAAUGUGUCAAAGCGGCCGUCGAGCAAGCCCCGGUCGCCGCGGCCUCGUGGGCAGCGUCGCCUCCAUCCUCACCGUCGCCGGCGUCAUCCUGCUCCUUGGCCUGGCGUGGUUCUGCUACGGGUACCGGAGCCAACACAAGGGGUCCGCCGCGGAGGCCACUGGAGGUAGCAGGCCCAGGUGGGCGCUCACGUCGUUCCACAAGGUAGAGUUCAACGACGACGACAUCCUGGGCUGCCUCGACGAGGACAACGUAGUUGGCAUGGGCGCGGCCGGUAAGGUGUACAAGGCCGUCGUCAGGCACGGCAGUGAAGACGCCGUCGUCGCCGUCAAGAAGCUGUGGGACGGCGGCAAGGCCGUGGAAGGCACGAAGGACACGUUCGAUGCUGAGGUGGCGACUCUGGGCAGGAUCCGGCACAAGAACAUCGUGAAGCUCUGGUGCUGCUUCCGCAGCGGCGACUGUCGGCUGCUGGUGUACGAGUACAUGCCCAACGGCAGCCUCGGCGACAUCCUCCACGGCAGCAAGGGCGGGCUCCUGGACUGGCCAGCGCGGCACCGUAUCAUGGUCGGCGCCGCGGAGGGGCUCGCAUACCUGCACCAUGACUGCGCGCCGCCGAUCGUGCACCGCGACGUCAAGUCCAACAACAUCCUCCUCGACGCCGAGCUCGGCGCCAAGGUCGCCGACUUCGGUGUCGCCAGGGUCAUCGGCGACGGGCCGACCGCCAUGACAGCUAUCGCCGGAUCCUGCGGCUAUAUCGCUCCCGAGUACUCGUACACGCUGCGCGUCACGGAGAAGAGCGACGUGUACAGCUUCGGCGUGGUGAUGCUGGAGCUCGUCACCGGCAAGAGGCCCGUCGGUCCAGAGCUCGGGGAGAAGGACCUGGUGCGCUGGGUGUGCAGCGGCAUCGAGCGCGACGGGGUGGACUCCGUGCUCGACCAGAGGCUCGCCGGCGCGUCCAGGGACGACAUGGUCAGGGUGCUCCACAUCGCGCUAUUCUGCACGUCCAGCCUCCCGAUCAACCGCCCGUCAAUGAGGGCCGUCGUGAAGUUGCUGCUCGAGACCGCGCCAACGCCGCCGCCGCUAGCACCACCCCCACCGGAGAGCAAGCUGAAGACAAGUGAGGGAAAACCUCUUGAUGUCUGACAUUGUCGCUCUGAAAAUUUGUUAGUACCUACAGAAUCUAGUACUUGCUUAUAAAAUGAACUCAACUACAAGCUUGAUUUGUCCAAGGCUUGAUUCAUAUUGCACUUUAAUAGCUCAUUUUGAUA